AUGUUCAAAAUACCGUUAAGAAAAUCAAACGAUGUGAAAUGUUUGCAAUUAAUGGACAUUCAAGGAUCACUAGAGACCCGGCCAGAGAAAGACAAAGCUCUAAAUUCUGUUACGUUGGGAUCACUGACCUUUUCCGAGCAGGGAGAUCAAUCGAAGGAUCGCUGCUCCCUGGUCAUUGAAAGACAAAAGUGUGUCGGAAAGAAAAUUGGUUUGAAACGACCACUUUUAAUUUGCCAAAAGGUCAUCAACCCACAAAACAAUCAAGUUGAAUAUAUUAUUGUAGGUGUAGCUAAAGACAGGCUACAAUUUCGUUCUAGACCAACACCUCUUACUCCCUCUCCACAGCAACAAAAAACCAAAACCAUUGAUUUUGAUGAAAUGCCGUCCCCACACAAGAAAUUGUCAUCUCAAGAAAAUGUGGCCCGAACUCUAUUCUUCUCUCCAAAAACUAAACCACCAUCAACCCAAUUUACAACACCACAAAAGGAAGAGAAAUAA